UUUAUUUAUUUAUUUAUUUUAUUUAUAUAUUUAUUUAUUUAUUUAUUCUACAAUGGAUACCUGCAGGGUACGAGCCUGGGUGUUUCUAGUCCUGCUAUGUCAGGACGUUUGUUUGGCAUCGCAGUUCCCGACACAGCUCAUGAUUAAAGAAUGGGUUGAUCAGAUGCAGAAAGAGCUCGUCACCCUGGCAGACACGGCCACAGCUGGGAAGAGCCUCACUGAGAUUUUUCAGAGAAACUCGCACCUCUACACCGUGGAGCAAAAUGAUGCGGAGGAGCUGGUGGCCAGAGCAGCGAGGAACAUAGAACAGCUGCUGCGGAAGAGGUCUGCUGCCUUGAAGAAACUGGCGGAAGAAGCUGAGCGCUUCCAGAUGCAGCACGUAUGGAGUAACGAGUUUGAGGAUGAUGAAAUUGCCUACUACAACGCAAAGGACAAUGUGAGUCUCGAUGCAAAUGAGACGGAGGGGAGAAAAUACAGGAUUCGUCCGGACUUUAAAGAGGACGCGUCGUUUAAACGUUUGACUGACCACAACCACACGGCUGUCCACAUUCCCACUGACAUCUAUGAUGGCUCCACCAUUGUGCUGAAUGAGCUGAGCUGGACGGAGGCAUUGGAGGAUGUGUUCAGACGGAACAGGGAGGAUGACCCGACCCUUCUCUGGCAGGUGUUUGGUAGCGCUACAGGCUUGGCCCGCUACUACCCAGCCUCUCCCUGGAUGGAUGCUCGUAAGACCCCCAGUAAAAUCGAUCUCUAUGAUGUCCGCAGGAGGCCGUGGUACAUUCAAGGAGCCGCCUCGCCCAAAGAUAUGCUAAUCCUCGUGGACGCGAGUGGCAGUGUGUCUGGCUUGACUCUCAAACUGAUCAGGACCUCUGUCAGCGAGAUGCUGGAGACUCUGUCGGACGACGACUACGUCAACGUGGUUUAUUUCAACACCCGGGUGAAGAAGACGGCGUGCUUCGACCAUUUGGUUCAAGCCAACGUGAGGAACAAAAAGCUGCUGAAGGAUGGCGUGCAGAACAUCACGGCUAAAGGAAUCACAAACUACACAAAAGGCUUCGAGUUUGCUUUUGAGCAGCUCUCCGUGACUAAUGUGAGCAGAGCGAACUGCAACAAGAUCAUCAUGCUGUUUACUGACGGAGGAGAAGAAAGAGCUCAGGCCAUACUGGAGAAAUACAAUGCGGACAAAAAGGUGAGGAUCUUCACCUUCUCAGUAGGACAACACAACUACGAUAAAGGACCCAUUCAGUGGAUGGCCUGCUCCAACAAAGGUUACUUCUAUGAGAUUCCUUCCAUCGGAGCCAUCAGAAUCAACACACAGGAGUACCUAGAUGUCUUGGGUAGACCCAUGGUUCUAGCAGACAAGCAGGCCAAGCAAGUCCAAUGGACAAACGUAUACCUCGAUGCUCUGGAACUGGGUCUGGUCAUCACCGGAACGCUACCCGUCUUCAACAGAACCAAGACCGUAGACGACAGGAAUGGCGAGAAUCAGUUGAUUCUUGGCGUAAUGGGGAUUGACGUGUCUCUUGAUGACAUCAAGAAGCUCACGCCACGCUUCACAAUUGGUCCAAAUGGAUAUUACUUUGCCAUUGAUCCCAACGGAUACGUCCUGCUGCACCCCAAUCUCCAACCAAAGAAUCCUAAAUUCCAGGAGCCUGUAACUCUGGACUUUCUGGAUGCUGAGCUGGAGAAUGACAUCAAAGUGGAGAUCAGGAGAAUGAUGAUUGAUGGCGAGACGGGAGAGAAGACUAUUGACACUCUGGUGAAAACUCAGGAUGAGAGGUACAUAGAUAGAGGAAUCAGAACCUACACAUGGGCACCGGUCAACGGAACAGACUACAGCCUGGCUCUUGUUUUGCCGAAAUACAGCGAAAACUUCAUUCAAGCUAAACUGGGAGACGACAUGAUACAAGCCAUGUCAAUGGAGACCAUACAGCUGGACAGGUUUGAUGAGUUCGGUUACACCUACAUCGCUCCCAGGGAGUACUGCAAAGAGCUGAAGCUGUCAGUCAACAACACCCAGUUUCUCCUCGACUUCAACCAGUACAUUGACAGAAACACUCCAGAUGCAUGUAAUGUGUCCCUCGUGAGUCGACUAAUCCUGGAUGCAGGUCUGACAGCUGACCUGGUUAAACUUUGGAACGAGCAGCCAGUGGAUGGGAUAGUGGCCAGGUUUGUAGCAACAGAUGGAGGAAUCACAAGAGUCUAUCCAAGAAGCGCUGGGGAAGAGUGGAUGGAGAGUCCUGAGACGUACGAGUCCAGCUUCUACAAGAGGACCCUGGACAAUGAAAUUUAUAUUUUCACAGCUCCAUCUUUCAACGAGAGCAGGGAGCCUGUGUCUGAGUCAGGUAUUCUGGUGAGCAAAGCGGUCGACCUCACCGUCGAUGAAGUCACGCUCAAGCCAGCAGUGGUGGGAGUGAAACUCAAUGUCUCGUUCUGGAUGAACAGCUUCAUGAACGCUACCCUGAAGCUGAACUGCAAGGAUGAGAUUUGUGGCUGUCUGAGGAAUGACAAGCAUGUAGAUUGCGUGAUACUGGACGACGGAGGAUUCCUUCUCAUGUCCAAUCAAGAUGAAUACAUUACCCUGAUAGGUCAGUUCUUUGGUGAGGUGGAUCCGGUGCUGAUGAUCAACCUCGUCAACACCUCGUUGUACUCCUUCAACAAGACCUACGACUACCAGUCCGUCUGCGACCCAGAGAGAGACAGCAAGGCAGCGGCAGGACCGCGCUCCGUCUACGUGCCCACCAUUGCAGACUUGCUCAGUAUCGGCUGGUGGGCCUCCAGCGCUGCCUGGUCGAUACUUCAGCAGCUCUUCUUCAGUCUCGUGUUCCCCAACCUUCUAGAAGCAGCGGAUUCAGGGGAUGAAGACAUACCAGAUGCAAUGUUUAAGGAGAGCUGUAUCACAGAGCAGACUCAGUACUUCUUCGACAAUGAUGAAAGAUCCUACUCAGGUGUCCUGGACUGUGGAAACUGUUCUAGGAUGUACCGCGCCGAGAAGCUGCCCAACACCAACCUAGUGUUUCUGAUCACUGAUGCCAAGGCAACAUGUUUGUCAUGUGACCCCAGGCCUCUACGGCAGGCUGAGCAGCCCUCUGUCGGUCCAAAUCCAUGCGAGCUGGCUCAGAAUCCCAGAUACCGCAAAGGGCCGGACGUGUGUUUCGACAACAAUGAAAACGAAGAUGAUUCUGACUGCGGAGGAGGGACUUUUCUAAGCCCGAGUCUCUGGCCAAUGCUCGGUCUCCAACUGCUGCUGCUGUGGCUCAUCACGUCUUUACGACACUCAUGACCCCUACACACACUCGCACACACGCACGCACGCACUCACACACUGAUCGUCAUCUCAUUUCACAGGAGGCCAGAAGACACUCCAGUUACGCCAUACAGGAUGUAUGCAGAAUAUUUGCAAGGAGACGUUUUUUUCUGAACCAGUAUCAGCAUUUCCAUUUCUCCAAUGCCAAAGGGUGCUCAUUCAUUUCCUCCUCAUCAUUUUCAAAAAUAGAGACACAUUUACUGUGCUCAGCUGCACUCAUUUCCAUGAUAUACUCCUUAAUACUCUCCUAUGGUGCAAGAGUAAGAGCUAACCAAACCCUUUAAUUCUGCCUCAUUUGUUUCAAUGGUUUAUUUAGCGGAGGUUGAAGAGUUAUCCCACUAUGCCAACUAAAUAUCAUCCAGAGACUGUAUGUUCACUGACAGCAUCGAUUCGUGUAGUUGUCAGUGUUGUUUGUUGCUUAUUCUAUUUAUUGCAUAUGAAUCAUUAUGCUGUAAUGAUCGUUUCCUUUUCGGCAACCAGUGCAACUAUGAAGAAUAUCCCUUCGGUUUUGAGUGUUUUUAAAUGUACUUAACCUAUCUAUUUCAGUUUUUGUACUCCAAAAAAAUCAACUAGCAUUUUUGUGACUAGCUAGGUGUUGUAUUGUAGAAGCAUGUGCUCAGUACAGAGCUAAAGACAAUACCAACACUUUGACACCAAAGCUCCACAAAGUACCAAGGACCACAGAUUACACGCAAAACCUACUACGGAGAAUCUGCAGGCUAGUUUAUUUUAAGAAAUUCCUCAGACGUGGGUGUGCAUCAGUAUUCAAUAGAUAGAUACCUUUUAGAUAUGAGGUCAGCGUGCACCCAAUGUGAAAAAAAAACACCAUUAGGAUAUUACAAUUUCAAAUAUGUUUGUACUUUGACUGACAGCUUUGGUUGUCUUCAAUUUGAUGCAUCGAAUUCCCAGUGCCUACAUAGUAGCUCAGACGGUCCGGUAUCUGAUUGAAGCAGCACAUCAGUGUUGUAUUCUGACCAUGUAUGCUUCUUGGCGAAUGCUUGCUGCGGUAGAGAAGAGAGAGGGUAGCCCUUGCAGUAUGAAACGGGCCAAAUGUGCUGCAGUUAUUCUAAUUUUCGUGGCCCAGGCAACAGUAGAAACAACCGGUGACUUUGAUCAUGGGAGAUUAAUAUUAGAUUCUUCCCUGGUCAAAAGUAAACUUAAACCAGACUUGAGCUUGCGUUCCAACACCUCUCUUUAUUAAUCCUGUUUCUGUUCCCUUCUCUGGAUCACCAGACUCAGGAGCCAAGAUGACUUGUGAAUGAGAUCAGCAUAUCAAUAUGACUGUUUCUUUGUUUUUUUCUUUUUUUCUUUUUUCCUCGCUGUUCUCUUCCUUAUGCUUGUUUCCUCUUUGUGUUGCUCUAUAAGUGCUGUGAAGCAGACGCUGAAGGCUCAGUGUCGAAAUGCUGCAAUGUCAUGGGAUGAGCUUGUUCUGUGUUUGAACACUGUCUAUGCCUAUGAUCAGCAUCAGGGCCUGCUGGAGAGAACUCUGAGAACACACACACACACGACUACCAAUGAUAAUUUUUUUGCAUUGCCUUACUUUGUCAUAAGUCACGAAGACCACACAUGGGUUGAGUUCAUCCGUUCCUCUCUCUUGUUUCGUAGUUCUCUCCACCUUGCCUUCGUGGUGACAUGCUGGUGUUGAGUGAUCAGGUUAUGCUGUCUAUCAAAGUCGCGUGUUGACUUGUGUUUUAUCCCGGGGGUCCCGUGUCUAUGUGCAGGCAUGUGCGUGUCCCUCCGAUAUCUGAUUGUGCUUUAAUACCGUACAUGAAAUACUCUUUUGUGGAACUUCACUAGCCUGAAUAAAUUUUUGUAUACAUUUGUACACUAAUACUAUUUACUGUAUAAAAGAGAAAAUGAAAGAAAAGAAAAAAUGUUUAUAAUAUGGUGUUGAUUAUUGUGCAAAUAUGAUAUAUUCACAAUAAAAGUGUUGUAUUGUUAUGACCUGCAA